AUGUUGUCGAGACGGGUAGCUGUCGCCGCCUACACGGCGUCGAUGCGCCCUAUUCGCUCACCCACUCGGUCGCCGUUGAUCACGAUGACAGCCAUGGUCCAAAUCGUCCGCAGCUACGCCGACAGAGUCGUCAAAGUGCCUCAAAUGGCCGAGUCCAUCUCCGAGGGAACACUAAAACAGUUCUUCAAAGGCAUCGGCGAGCGCGUGGAGCAGGACGAGGAGAUAGCCACUAUCGAGACUGACAAGAUCGACGUCGCCGUCAAUGCACCCGAGGCGGGUACCAUCAAGGAACUUUUUGUGGGCGAGGAAGAUACCGUCACCGUAGGGCAAGAUCUGCUUACGAUUAAGCUCGGCGGCUCUUCGAGUGUGGACAACAAGAAAGAUGCGGCCCCGAAAGAGGCUGCCACGGAUAAUGCCACCAAGUCCGAGCCCGAACCCGAGCCCGAAGCCAGGCAAACCCAAACUCGUGAGGGAACGCCGAAGCCCGAAAGCCAACCAAAGUCGAGAUCGGAGCAAAAGGAACAACCGCAGUCAUCCAAGAAGCCUAGGGAGGCUGCACAGCCUGAACCUACCACUACGUCAAGUUCGUCGUCUGCCUCGGGGAACCGCGAAGAGCGACGCAUCAAGAUGAAUCGCAUGCGCCUUCGCAUUGCCGAACGCCUCAAGCAGUCCCAGAACACGGCUGCAUCGUUGACAACGUUCAACGAGGUCGACAUGUCGAACAUUAUGGAAUUUCGCAAGCUGUACAAGGAUGAUGUUCUGAAGAAGACCGGAGUCAAGUUGGGCUUCAUGAGCGCCUUUUCUCGAGCUGCUGUUCUUGCUAUGCGGGAUAUCCCAACCGUCAACGCUUCCAUCGAGGGCCCUAACGGGGGUGACACCAUUGUUUACCGUGACUACGUCGACGUCAGCGUUGCAGUCGCCACGGAAAAGGGCUUGGUGACACCCGUUGUCCGCAAUGUCGAGUCGAUGGAUCUGAUCGGCAUCGAGAGGGCUAUUGCCGAUAUGGGCAAGAAGGCGCGCCUGACUGAAGACCAAAUGCUAAGUUGA